AUGUCUCUUCACGGAAUCCUGGUGGCUCUGAUCACCCCUUUCACCGAUGACCGCACUGCCAUCGACGAAGGCCGUCUGCAGGCCCACAUCGAGCACCUCAUCAAGGCCGGCGUGCACGGUCUGGUCCCCGGUGGUAGCACCGGUGAAUUCACCACUAUGACCGUUGCCGAGCGCAAACAGCUCACCGAGCUCUGUGUCAAGUUUGCCGCUGGCCGCGUCCCCGUCGUCGCUGGAACUGGCAGUCUCUCAUCCGCCGAGGCAGUUGAGCUCUCCGCACACGCAGCCCAGGCUGGUGCCGCUGCCACUAUGGUCGUGCCUCCAUUCUACGAUCCCGUCAGCAUCGAUGAGCUCCACGAGCUCCUUGACGAGGUCCACAAGGCCUCCAACCUGCCCAUUGUCUACUAUAAUAUCCCCAGCGCCUCGGGCCUCAAGCUGAGCCCUACUGAAAUCGCCGGACUCUCUAAGGUCGGCGUCAAGUACCUUAAGGACACCUCCGGUGACGCACCUGCGUUGACUGAGCUUAUCUUCAGUCUUUCCGAUCAGAUUACUUCCUUCAACGGCUGGGAUACUCUGACCUUCUACGGUCUUGCUGCCGGUGCCCCCGGUGGUGUCUGGGGCGCGGCGAACAUCAUUCCCGAGUUGGCCGUUGAGCUUUAUAAUGCAGUUGCUGUGCAGGGUGACCUGAAGCGCGGAAGGGAGCUCUGGGCCAAGGCUUUCCCAAUUUGCAAGUUCCUCGAGUCACACAGUUACGCCGCCGCUGUUAAGACUGGUGUGGAGCUCAUCGGUCAACCUACUGGUGGCCUACGCAAGCCCUUUGCUCUUCUGAAGCCUGAGCUACAGGCUGAGCUGAAGCAGUUGCUGCAAAAUGCGGGUGUUAAGACUAUCUGA